CGGCUCCAGUGCCGGCUGCCGGCGGGAGGGCACCGCCGCCCCGCGCAGCUCCGCCGCCAGCCGCCGCCGAGGCACGGAGCCCGGCAUGGCGCGGCGCGGCCGCUUCCAGCGCUUCUUCGGCCGCAGCGAGUCGGAGGAUUCGGAGCCCGAGGGGGCGGCCGCCCCCUCCCGCCGCCGCCCUGCAGCCAGCGCCGCGCCCAAGCGGCGCCCCGCGUUCCCCCACUGGCGCCCGAAGAAGAAGGAGCAGCAGCGUCGAGGGAGCGGCGGCGCCCCGACCUCCCGGACCCCGCCGCCCGCAUCGCCUCCUUGCUGCCCGGCCCCGCGGUACUAUGAUACAUCAAGCAGACACUAUCAUGCUCCAGAAAACCAAGGACCAUCAGUAACCUGUCCACACUCCUACGUUCUUCCAGCGAUAUCAAUGUCUACUGCCUCCUUACCAGCAGCACUCAGAAAGUCCACCUCACAACUUCCAGAUUCUUCCAGAGAAGAGAAUAAAAAGAAACCAGUUUUGGAAAGACUUGGCAAUUUGUUUGGUACAGGGAAAAGGAAGAAUGUCAAAAGUUCACUAGAGCACACUUCGCAUCGGAAAGGGGAGAGAUCAGUCUCCCCUCACAGAGCACAGCCGCUGUACUGUAGGCACGUAAAGGAAGGACACGAAGCUCCUCAGGUCCAGAAGCAAGUGAGGAACGUCAGUGCUGUUUCUGAGACACAGGACUACAACUUCAGCGGGGAAGGAGGACAGCUGUAUCGUGACACCGUUUCAGAAUGGAGUAGCAGGGGAGUCUCUUCUGACAGCGAGUGGUCAGCGGAUUGGAGCGGCAGCAGCGAAACCAUUAAGAACUCUUUGUUUGAAAGCAGCCUGAAUGCAGAAGCCCUGGAACUGGAGAAACAAUCCAUCACAGACAUAAAUAACUCCACAACUCCAGAUUUCAUACAGAGCUUGAGAAAUUUGCCUAGUGAAGACUUGGAAAAGAGUAUCUUAAGCCACAAGCAGCUCGUGAACACGUGGGUGUCGGAGGAGCCUGGGUAUGCAAAACCAAAGGAUUUGCCAUACCAGUUGGAAUCCGCGGCGUGUGAGCACACACAUUCUGCUAGAGUGUUAACAGUUGAUAUCUAUCUAAGGAAAACAGACCAGCUCCUUAAUGAACCUGUGACUGUUACAGCAGAAGAAAACUGUAGUGACUCGGACACAAUGGAUAAAAAAUCUGCUAACAAAAGAUCUGGGAAAAGGAGAAAAUCUCAGUCGUCUAGUGACAUUCCAAAUGGGGAGAGGAAUCAGACUGAGACUACUGCAAGAGAGGAAUCAGUUUUUGAGGAUGAUGGCCCUUCUGAGGUGUUUUCAGACAAGAUAAUAAGUUCUGAAAGAAAAACGAAGUCUCCUCAACAGACUCCUGAAAGGAAUUCCUCUUCCUCAAGUAAUAAUCAAGAUGUAAAAGCUGGAUCAGCUCACAAAGGAGCAUCGAAAACUGAAGCUGACAAAAACAAGCAGCAGAACUCAAACACAACCCCUGCAAGAAGAAGAUCAUACAAAAAGAGUCAGUCAGAUGCUGUCCCCGUUUCCCCUACUGGUCUGAAGAGUCAGGUGAAAGAUUACUCCUCAAAAAGGCAACCUCUAGCAUCACCAGAGAGUAACCUAAUGACAAAAAGAACUUCAGUGGAAAAGGGAACUAUACCUGUGGCUUUUGGGGAAGACAACUUGGAGUCUCCCAAAGCUUCUUUGGCUGCUAAGACAGAAGACACUGCCUUGGUGUUUGCUGAAGGCAGAAAUGAAACUAAGGCAGCAAAGCAUGCUAAUGGUUCAGAUGGAAGAGCUUUCUUGCGUACUGAUGGGAUUAAAAACGGAGACCUGUGCAUGCCAGCUGAGAGACAGACAAGUUCUGACUUAGACAACAUGAAGCUGAAGAGUUUGGAUCCUUCCAGAACAGUCACGACAAAGAUUAGCCUUCCAGCCAAACCGAAGAACGUAGAGCUGAAUUUUAAAGCACCUGCAAAUCAAGAGAAUUUAGAAAGUGAGCAGGAUGCUCUCGACAAACCAGUGAAUAAAACCAACAACAACAUUGCCAACAAAAUUUCCUUGUUUGAAAACAAAUGUGCUAACCAAAGCCAGAGGCCUGCCGACAUCCCCGCCUCCAAAAGUAGCAUUGUACCCAGCACGUUUGUUGGUCGAGCGAAGCUGAAGUUUGGAAAGCAGCCUAAGGAGAGUGAGCAGCCUGAUAAAACCUUCAAUAAGCAAAGCAGUCGCCAGAAGCUAUUUGAGAAUGGCACAGCAGAGAAAGAAAGCACUGCAGAGUUGAAAGGCAGACAUGAAGACAGCUCUGCCUCCUAUGAGGAUAUUGGGAAGACAACGGAACUUAAAGUAAAAGCUGCAAUAUCCCUUUUUAACCAAAGCAGCAAAACUGAUGCUAGCAGUGUUUCUCUGAAGCAGCUUGAUCAAGAGUUAACCACAGCUAAAAAAGAAAGUUUACCUUUGAAACUUCCUUUGCCCUUGCCUGGUAGAAGUGAAACUGCUCAGGAUAAUUCCUACCAAAGAAUCAAUGCAAGCUCAGAGCUCCACAGGAAUGGGGAGGGGAUGCUGCUGAACACAGAGCUUCUGUUGCCUUCCAGUGAUGAUAAAUACCCUCUGCCAUCUCAUCAGGCUUCUGUGUCAGGCCUUAAGAAGAUGGAAAAUGGAGAUAAAAAGGCAAAGCCAGGAGAUCUGAGCUUGGCAGCACUGCAGUAUGAUGACAGCAAUCCAGACAGCAUACUGAUAGCAGAGCACAACAUCAAUGCCCAGCAGAGCCCAGGCAGGACUUGCAAUGGAUCUGUUGAAGACGACAGCGUUUUUGACUCUCCCUCUGACAUGAAGAAAUUUGCUGAAACCAUCAAAAACUUGGACAGCUCAGUUUGUUUACCCCAGAAAAAGAAGAGGUCAAAGCUUCCCAAGUCCCCAGCACCCCACUUCGCCAUGCCUCCCAUCCAUGAAGACAACUUGGAGAAAGUGUUUGAUCCUAGCGUCUUUACUUUUGGUUUGGGACUGAGAAGGGAAAAAGCACAGGAUCUGUUACCAACCCAACAAAUGAAGCUGCAAAGCCUGGAAACGAUAGCCAGAGUCAGGCCCAAGCGUGCUUCAACAGAGCAGAGUAUCAUAUUCAAAGCCCUGCAGUCAUCUAACAGAGAGGAGCCUGCCUUUGCCCAGGAAAUCAACGGGAAAGAGAACUUGGACGGCACAGAUGGGGAAAUUAAGAGAUCCCGCCUUGAAAAAAGCUCCCUGUUCUCAAGCUUGCUCUCUUCUACAUCUAAAGAGAAGUUUUUUAAUCCCUCUGCCACCUCACUGAAUAACACCCCAGCAGCUUUUGCAACUGACUCCUCAGGGCUGCCUCCUUUACAGCAGGAUGCUUCUGGGCCAUUUGGCAUGCCUCAAAAACCCGAGUCUCUUUCAGAUAUGAAGUUCCCAGGUUUUGUGGAGAAGUACAUGCAAGCAGACAGUGCCAAAAACGAGCUCAGUUUACAAAUGCCCAACUAUGGGAACCCCGAGAAAAGUUUUUCCAGCUGGUUAGGGACAAGCAGAUAUGAAUCAAAUGUCCCCACUGGCUUAUUAGAUGUGGAUGCACUUUCAAGAAAUGGACAAAGUAAAAUCAAUCCCAGGCCUGGCAAGCUGGUGAUAUACUGUGAAACAGACUACCAGAAAAAUGGGAUUGAAGUUUUCCAUGAUGUUCUGGAUUGCAGUUCUUGGGUUCUGUCACCCACAAUUUUAGUUAAAGUCAUCAGAGGAUGCUGGAUCCUCUAUGAGAAACCAAAUUUUGAAGGCCCCUCUAUUCCCCUGGAAGAAGGAGAGCUGGAACUCCCAGAUAUUUGGGGCACAGGUUCUUCUGAAGAGGAAAAUGACUGCAACUCUCCAAAGCCUGCAGUGAUUGGAUCAAUAAGACAUGUUGUUAAGGAUUACAGAGUUUGUCGAAUUGAUUUGUACACAGAACCGGAGGGGUUGGGAGUCGUGACUUCCUUUUUUGAUGACACUGAAGAGGUAGGGGUGUUUGGCACCACUCAGAAGACCUGUUCCAUCAAAGUACACUGGGGCAUAUGGCUAAUUUAUGAAGAACCUGGUUUCCAGGGAGUCCCUUUAAUGCUGGAGCCUGGUGAAUAUCCUAAUUUAGCAUUCUGGGAGAAGAAGGAAGCCUACAUUAGGUCCAUGAGGCCCUUGAAAAUGGGUGGUCGCAAAGUUGAAUUCAGUGGAGAGCCAAAGGUCAUUGUUUAUGAGAAGCCUUUGUUUGAAGGGAGACACGUGGAAAUAGAAUCAGAGAUCCUUAUGCUUGAUGACAAAGAAUCAGAAGAUAAAACAAGACUUCCACUUGCAUCAGUGGGAUCCUUGAAAGUACUAGGAGGAAUCUGGGUUGCCUACGAGAAGCCUGGGUUUGAAGGCCACCAGUACUUGCUGGAAGAAGGAGCAUACCAGGACUGGAGAGACUGGGGUGGCUAUGAUGAAAAGUUGCAGUCGCUGCGACCCAUCCUCAGCGACUUCACAAGCUCCCAUAUGAUAAUGUACAGCGAAAAAGACUUUGGAUCAAAGGGUUCCAAUAUCAAUGUAUUGGGAAUCAUCUCCAAUUUGAAAGACACUGGAUAUGGGCUGAGGACACAGUCUAUAAACGUGCUCAGUGGUGUGUGGGUGGCUUAUGAGAAUCCUGAGUUCACAGGAGAGCAGUAUAUACUGUCCAAAGGGCUCUAUCCCAGCAUUGAGGCAUGGGGAGGAAAGAACUGCAAAAUAUCUUCAGUUCAACCCAUCAUGAUGGAUAUUGUUGGAAGUGAAAGGGGUAAAGUCAAGGUCCAGUUAUUUUCAGAGCCUGAAUUCAAGGGCAGCUGCCAAGUAGUUGAAAAAGACACAAGAUGCCUUGAUUCAUUUACUGUGAAGUCUGCAAAAAUUCUAGAUGGCAGCUGCAUAAUGUAUGACCAGGAAGAAUUCUCUGGCAGCCAGUAUGUGUUAGAAGAAGGAAUCUAUCCUGAUCUGACAGCGAUGGGUUGCUCACCCCAAGCACUUCUAAAAUCCUUAAGGAUUAUAAACGUUGAGCUGUCUGAGCCCUGCAUAGCUCUGUUUGAGAAGGUGGAUUUCCAAGGAAAGAAAAUGGAAUUCAGUACAGAAAUCUUAAAUCUGCAGUUCCUGGGAUACAACCCUCACAUAGCUUCACUUCAAGUCCUGGGUGGCAUAUGGAUAAUUUAUGAGCACAGCAAUUACAGGGGGUGUCAGACAUUGUUACCACCAACUGAAAUUCCAGACUGGCAUCAAGUGAGUGGCUGUCAUCAGAUAGGAUCUCUCAGACCUCUGCUGCAGAAACGUGUCUACUUCAGGCUGAGGAACAAGGAGACAGGAAAAUUCAUGUCAGCUGAUGGGAACUUGGACAACCUGAACCUCCUCAGAAUACAGGUUGCAGAAGAUACAGACUCAGAUGAUCAAAUCUGGGUGUACCAGGAUGGAUUCAUAAGGUGCCGGCUGGCAGAGGACUGCUGCUUGACCAUCGUUGGGAACCUCAUCACCCCUGGCUCCAAGCUCGGGCUGUCGUUCGAGCGGAACGAAGACAAACAGUAUUGGCACAUCAGUCCUGAUGGCAGGAUCUACAGCAAGAUGAAACCCAAGCUGGUUUUAGAUAUCAAAGGUGGUGCACAGUACGAUCGCGACCAUGUCGUCGUCAACACAGUCAAUGAAGAGAAGUUAACACAGCGUUGGGAAGCCCUGGUUGUGUAAACCCAGCUGAGCAAAGGUGACAUUUGAACCAGCCACUACUGCAGGCACUGCCACCACCUCUGAGGGGCCCAGGAUCAACCAUGAGAGCUUUCUGUCUUCUCUUUGCCGUCAGGAAAAGAACAAGCAACAGACCAAUUUCACCUCCAAGAUUAUUACCCCUAUAAACCCCCAACUAUCUCUCAACCAGUUCUUACCUUUUCCUUUCUUCAGCAUCACAGCUUAACGUGCCAGAGGGUGGUAGUGUGCCUCAGGCUAGAGUGGAAGAACUAAAGGUGAGAGAGACCCCAUGGAGUUAGAGCUGUGGCAGUGAGUAGUCAAUCCAGAAUAGGCAAUAUGCAUCAUGUUAAAUUAUUGUUAAAAGGUGGUUUGCUUUUUUUAUAGUGAGAGAAGGGCUAAAAAAAUAACCCCCAAACACUAAGAGUUUCUUUCAUAAAGGACUGGAGUGCAGUGUGUGUGUGGGUAGAGCAACCUGGACCUCUGGGCUGUAGUAUAGAGAAAUAUUCACUACUGGACAUUAAUAUAUUUGUUUCACUGAAACACUUCUGUUUACUCAAAGUUUAAAGGCUGCUAGCACCCAGCACAACCAAAGAGUUUUUGACUGUGUGGCUUCAAAUGUAGUUAGUGCUAAGAGAGUAAGUCCUCAACUAAGGAAAGAAAACACAGAUCUUCUCAUGUAGAGAUGAUGUAAAUUAAUAGGUGUUGGCAAAAGGAACGUGAAGAACUCACCCAGCUUCCAGGCUGUCUUAACCCUGAGCUCCAGGGGGUUUACUUCCUUGCCAAGUCAGAUUUUUACCUUUUAAAACCAGUUCCAGCAGGCACAGCCUUCCUGAGCUCCCAAAGCUACAGCAAACGAGGAUGCUCAGGCAAGGCAACGAUCCAGCAAGAGCAACUAACGCUGUGGUUUCAGCCACUGCCCCUUGGGGUCACCGUGCAGAACGUCAGACACCCAAGGACUUCUGGUGAUGCUGGAGAGCAGCAGCUGUGGUGGGCUGCUGGCUCCUGGGCUGAAGUGUUAGGCUGCUCUAAUAAAAGGGCACAGGCAAGCCCAGAGAGGUGUCCAGCCACAAGGACUGUGCCUGUUCAACGUGUUACUGGGUUAGUUAAGAGCUUGUGACAAGCAGUGGCCACAGGAGGGUCUUCUGUUGCCCUGCCUGUCACCAGCUUUUGUUAAGGUUUCCUUAUUAACGUUGGCAGAAAGGUAAAAAUACAAAGAAAGUCUUGUACUGUGCUGCUGUGUUUUGUUCUGGCUUAGACCAGUGUUACUACAAGCUGCUCCUAGGAGCACCCAAGCCUUUGUCUUGCAUAGGAAGUCUGUUUAAAAGCAACACUUUCAUUACCAUUGUCUUGCCUCAAAGGCUACUGGUGGUGCUUUUGCUCUCACCCUAGAGGAAGUGCCUUACUCAUUUUUCUCCUUCUGUACAGACCUACUGAAGUUUGGUUGCUCUGAAAUGUGCUGCUUUUAGUUCUGCCUAGACAAUGUGUUGUUACUGGUUCCAAACAGUGGUACUUUGUCAUGUUGAUGUGCUCUUGCUAUAUACAAUAUAGCAUUUUACAAAUAAAUGGAUGUUAGCUAA